UAUGGAUUCCUGCAAAAUGAUUUUUUUUGUUUUGAUCGUGUGCUGUUGUAUUGACAUUUGCAGUUCUGUCACAAAUGACGAUUUUAAAGAAGAGUUAUUAAUUAAACCCCUCCCUAGUGGGCAUACGUAUUUUCAUUUUCAAUUCACAACUUUGUGGAAUUCAUCGAUUGAAAAUCCACAAGAGUUUAAUCACUACCGAUUGUUUCCUAAAUCACUGGGAGAUGUUUUGUCAACGUACAAAGUACAAGAACUUCACCUGUCCCAGACUCAAGGUCUGUGGCAUUAUGAGAAGUGGGGCUACCCUGUGGAAGACGCCCCGUCCGGUGCUGAACUGUGGGUGUGGUUUCAGCCCACUGUUGCCAAUGUGGAUCAGACAUGGUCUAAUUUGGUGAACGCUGUCUCAGGUUUGUUUUGCACGUCUCUCAACUUCCUCGACAGUAAGCUGACAAUCUCGCCUCGUUGGUCGUUCAGACCUCGUGGACUCGCGCCGGAAGGUUACUCCGCUUCGUCUCACUUUGUGCGGUACGGAGCUCUUCCAGGUGAAGUGGUCUGCACGGAAAAUCUCACGCCAUGGACAAAGUUACUGCCUUGUCACACAAAGGUUGGACUUUCUACAUUGUUCAAUGCCAUUAAGUUGUAUGAUGCUGAUUACCACUCACUAGCGGUGCAUACAAGGCCCGUUUGUCAAGGAAUUGGCUGUUCCCACACCGCUAUGGAACUGAGUCUGUCAUUGGCUGUCGUGUUUGACACCAGCACGUCUGGCUAUGGUCUUCAGCCCUGGUCCAUCAAGAAGUUGUUUGGUAAUGUUCUCACAACCCAGUGCCCACUGAGCAGCUCCAGCAAAGUGUUUUUUGAUAUCACAUCACAAAAUGAGACACGUUUUACCGUGCUGCCUCAGUCUGACAUGGUACGACAAGUGAUGCGAGGUGGAGAUGAGAGAACGUACAAUGUUUACGACAUAGGGAAACAAACUGCAGGUGGCCGCGUGUUGAAUAUUGCUGUGAAGACCACCCAGAAGAGUGUGUACACUGAUAUCAGCCCACCACCGGUUUACGCACAGAGAUACAUCACAGGCUAUGGAUUAGAGAGGGGAGGGGUGACUUGUUUGAUAUACAAUUCUCUGUCAGAGGACAUGAGUGUUAUCUACAUGGACACGCUACCAUGGUACAUGAGAGUAUUCUUCAAGUCGCUUGUCAUCGAAAACGCUGGGACUGCGAUCAAACCAUUUAAAAUCCAUUACAUCCCAGGGAAAGACAGAAGCAGACCAUACCAGUUUGAACUAGUUUUCCGACUGAAGGCUAAUUCUAUCACAAAAAUCAGUUUUGAGUUCCAGCGAGCAUUUCUGAAAUGGACUGAAUACCCUCCUGACGCUAACCAUGGGUUUGCCGUUAACUCCGCGGUCAUCUCCAUGAUGUUACCGACUGCUAAAAACUACACUGCGACACCCCAGUACUCUGCUAUACUGGAAUCUAGCAUGACUGACAAAUCAGAGAGGUUUUUUCUACGCAUCCACACAGAGUCUCUGUUGGUUUCACUGCCGACACCAGACUUCAGCAUGCCAUACAAUGUGAUCUGCUUGGCAUGUACGGUCGUUGCCAUAGCGUUUGGAUCAAUACACAAUCUCACCACACGCAAAUUCGGGGUCUUGGAUCCCACCAAGAAAAAAGGACUUCUAGGCAGAAUAAAAAGUUUCUUCAGAAGGGGAGACAAAUCUUCAUCAGAAGAUUCUAGUGUGGAAGAUAAAGAAAAGACACAUAUGAAGCAAGAAGAUGAAGACAAAGUACAUAAUAAAUCACUGCAGGAUAUAAAAAAGGAAAAGUCGUCAUAAUAGUAGGAAACAUUAGAAAUGUUUUGUUUAUUUCAUUUUCAAAUUUGUAAACCUCACUGAUCAAACAGUCGUGGACGUUUUAACCCGUGGAAAUGGACACUAGUUUGGUUAGUCAACCAACCUGUAACACAUUUAAGUAAAGUUACCAUAAAGUGAAAGGAGUCUGUGACAUUGUAAGAGGAAAAUACUGAACUAGAACUAGUCUCUACAAACCUGUAACACAUUUAAGUAACGUUACCAUAAAGUGAAAGGAGUCUGUGACAUUGUAAGAGGAAAAUACUGAACUAGAACUAGUCUCUACAAACCUGUAACACAUUUAAGUAACGUUACCAUAAAGUGAAAGGAGUCUGUGACAUUGUAAGAGGAAAAUACUGAACUAGAACUAGUCUCUACAAACCUGUAACACAUUUAAGUAACGUUACCAUAAAGUGAAAGGAGUCUGUGACAUUGUAAGAGGAAAAUACUGAACUAGAACUAGUCUCUACAAACCUGUAACACAUUUAAGUAACGUUACCAUAAAGUGAAAGGAGUCUGUGACAUUGUAAGAGGAAAAUACUGAACUAGAACUAGUCUCUACAAACCUGUAACACAUUUAAGUAACGUUACCAUAAAGUGAAAGGAGUCUGUGACAUUGUAAGAGGAAAAUACUGAACUAGAACUAGUCUCUACAAACCUGUAACACAUUUAAGUAACGUUACCAUAAAGUGAAAGGAGUCUGUGACAUCGUAACAGGAAAAUACUGUUAAAAAUAGACUAGGACUGUCUCCAUAACUGUUACUUCUCAAAAAUGCAUUUCGUGGUAUUAGAUACACCGGGAUAACCAGAAAGACCUAUGACGUAUGGAAUUUGAUCGUCUAUAAAAGAAAAUCUUAGUAAUCUUUGACUUCAAUCAUCAAAAACAUCUCUCAUACUGAGACUAAAGAGCAUGCCCAUCGGUGGGCCUACUGGGCUAUUUCUCGUCCCAGCCAGUGUACUAUGACUGGUAUAUCAAAGGCUGUGGUAUGUGCUAUCCUGUCUGUGGGAUGGUGCAUAUAAAAGAUCUC